AUGUCGGCACUCACCGAAAUCACGUCUGAGGCGGACUUCUCGUCGCAUCUAUCCUCCCUAUCGCCCUCGGCGCUGGUGGUUCUGUACUUUCACACCCCAUGGGCUGCACCUUGUGCACAGAUGGGUGCUGUCCUUGCAGCCCUCGCUUCACAGUACCCCGCCACUGCCCCGCCAACCAUCUCAUUUGUCAGCAUCAAUGCUGAGGAACUGCCUGAUAUCUCGGAAGAAUAUGAUGUCUCUGCUGUUCCUUUCGUGGUGUGUUUGCGCAGUGGUCAAAUCUUGGACUCAAUCAGCGGAAGCGAUGCCGUCAAGGUGCGCGACGCUGUCGAGCGCCAUGCAGGCCGCGGAAAUAGCGCCGGUAGCGAUCCGAUGGAUGGUGUGAGGGCUCACAUCCCCCCACCACUUUCUACUCAGCCGCGUGAAGAUGGCCCAACCACUGCUACACAAGCUCCCGUCACUGCAUCCCACGCCCCUCCUGCCGAUGCUGCCAACGCAACGGCUGUCUCAUCUGCUCCGGCCCUGACACCGGAACAAUCCCGCGAAGCGCUCUUUGCUCGCUUAGAGCAGUUGGUCAAAGCUGCGUCCGUUAUGCUGUUCAUGAAAGGAACUCCUAGUAGCCCGCAAUGUGGAUUCAGUCGGCAGCUGGUUGGUAUCCUGCGAGAGCGUAGUGUGAAGUACGGCUUUUUCAACAUCUUGGCCGACGAAGAUGUGCGCCAGGGCUUGAAGGAGUAUGCAGAGUGGCCAACAUUCCCUCAAUUAUGGGUGAGCGGAGAACUAGUUGGUGGCUUGGAUAUUGUGCGGGAGGAGAUCAACGCCGAUCCGGAGUUCCUCACCCAGUUCUCCGUCAAUAAGCCUGCCGCGAGCGCUUGA